CGAGCAUAUUCCGUUCUCGUAGCAGAAUCACACGCGUAAAAAUACCAUACUAGGGUUUCCAGACCAAAGUUAUCUGAGGAAAACCUGGAAAGUACAUAAAAUGGGAGGUCAGGCAAAGAGUAAAAAGAAAAAUAAGCCAAGGAGGAAAGAACAUCACUCAAACAGAGGUGACUCACGGAAAUCUUGCAUGGAAUUGGUGACCAGAACUGCCAUUUCUUGUCCAACAACAGACUCUGAACAGAGAGGCUUGUCGGUUCAAGAGAGGAUGAAAGUCAAGAUGCAGGAAAAAGCCAAGAAGAAAACAGCGGAGAAAUACACAACUGAACAGUUACUGGAAAAGACUGAAGAAUGCAUAGAUAACUUCAAUUUUGAAAUGGCCCAGAUGUUCUGCCAACGUGCUUUGGACAUUGAACCUACAAAUCUGAAAAUCCUAGACAUGUUGGGAAACGUUUGUGCAGAGCUUGGCAAUGUGGAAAAAGCCAAGCAAGCGUUCCUGAAAGCCGUGGAGCUGAGUCCAGAGGAGGGUCAUAGCAAGUACAUGUACCUGGGCCAGAUUCACACUGGCGUGGAGGCUGUGCAGUACUUCAGCAAAGGCAUCGAGGUCAUGCUCAACACUCUGGAGGAGCGGACGCACUCGGCUGAAGGGGCUGCUGCAGCCUCAGACCAUGACGCGGAACUGACAGGGAAGGACGUGUCAGUGGCCUUCUGCUCAGUGGCAGAGAUAUUCUUCACUGACCUCUGUAUGGAGGAGGGCGCGGCGGACAAAUGCAAGGAGGCCAUAGAGCGAGCUUUGCAGUACGACCCCGACAACCCAGAAGCCAUGCAGCUAAUGGCCAGCUAUCUGUUUAGCAUCGAGAACAUUCAGGAGGGCUCUGUGUUUCAGGAGGGGCGGGAGUUCCUGAUGCGGAGCGUCGCGCUGUGGCUCCCCGGCCAGAGGAGCCGGGCUGAGCCGUGCGGGCAGGAGGAAGACGAGGACGACGAAGAACACCAGCAGAGUGGGAUUCCUCCAUACGAAUCCAGAAUAACGACAGCCAAGCUGCUUGUUGAGGCAGAAGAAUACGAGACUGCCAGCGAGGUCCUUGAGGGACUUCUGGAGGAAGAUGAUGAGGUUGUGCAGGUUUGGUAUCUGUUGGGAUGGGCCUGCUACCUUCAAGUAGAGAAGUCAGAGGAGCCAGAUACCUUCAAAGACUCCGCGAGAACGUAUCUGACCAAAGCCAAAAAGCUGUACAUGAAGCUGGGCUGUGAUGAUGCGGCCAUGCUGGAGCACACUCAGCAGCUGCUGGGGGAGCUGGGCCCUGGAGACAGCGCCGCAGACUCAGGGGAGGAGGAUCUCCCGCUGGAGAACAUCGGGGACGACUUCGUGGAGAGCAGCGACGACGAGGACGCCAUGGAGCACUAACAAAGAGCAAAUCACUCUCCCGGCUGCUCUCCUGCUCUCUCUCCCUCCCUCCCUCCAUUCUGCUCCGUAUCUCCCACCUCUUUCUGUGUUGUCUUUUUCCCCCUCUCCCUCUUUCACACUUUCCCCAUUCCUUUUUAUUUUGCUCAUUCUCUUUCACUCUUUCUUUCUUCCCGCUCUCACAUUUUCUCUCUCUGCCCCCCUUCCUUCCAUUCCCUGUCUUCGAUUCUCUCUUUCUCAGUUCAGUUUAAUUGUGUUUUCUGGUCGACAUUACCAAAGCAAGUGUUGGUCACAUACGGUAAAAUGUGUGUUUUCCUGCAAUCACAAUAAUAAAACAAGAACAGACAGAUUUAAAAAAUUGUACCAUUACGGUUAUGAAUUUUAAUGCAUUUUUACACUCCCUCCUUCCAAUUGUCUCACUCUCAAUCUCUCUUUCUCCACCUGUGGGCAAUACUUUAUGAAGUGCCUUUACCCCAGGGGUGCACAGCAAGGGCUGAUCCACUUCUGCUCUUAAUUAUUUAAUUAGCUAAAUAAUGUCUUGAUCAGACAUUUGUAUGCGCACCAGCUACAGCUGCAGACUGCUGUGCUCAAGUACAUGAGUGAAUCAACUUCAUUUCUAGAGCCGUCAUAAAUAAAUAAAAUAAAUGAAGGUAAUUCGUUGGAACAAAAACCAGCUCACAGACCGGGCUUUCCAGGACUGGAGUUGUGCACCCCUGCUUCCAGGACUGGAGUUGUGCACCCCCUGUCUGUUAUCCAGUACCUCCCCUCUCCUUCCCAAGGUAUGGCAAUGGCCACAUAUAGAGGAUGUACCUGUAAAUAUUGCGGCAGAUUUAGAUUUUCUUAGCCCAUGUCGUACUGUCAGAUGUUUUUACACAGACAAACCUUUGAGCCGUGAUUUGUCUGACCCAUGUUUUGAAGAAAUUUACAUGUGUUGUCAUAAGGGAUUUAAUGUUAUCUACUCCCAUGUACAGUGAACUUGUGAUUUGGUCCCUUUACAUGAAAUGAGUCCACAAAAUGUCAGUAUGAGAUACCAUCUGUAUAAACCAUUUUAAGCAGAUGAAAGGGUUGAAUAAUGUAUUAAGAGUACCUUUGUUCUCAGGUGUGACAACAAAAGUUCUUCUGACAAUUGAACAAUUGAAACAUUAUUGUAUGUAUUGUAUAGUACGCUUAUGAGUGAAUUAUAAAUGCUCCGUGUGUGUCUCAGGAAUGUUUUGGGAAGGUGUAUAGGAUAAAUAUUUCAAACGUCAGGUACGGAGAUGGUAAAACUCCAUGCCAUUAUCAUUACUGUACUUCCUCCAAAGUUAAUGAGCUCCAUUUAAAAAAAAGAAAGAAAGCAUGUUUAAAAAAAAUACAAUAAUACUAUCUAUUAUAUUCACUCAAUCGUUUUAUAUUGCUUUGAAUUAAAACUAUCAAUUAUGAGCAGCUUCAGAACUAGCCUCAGUUUCUGCUAAAUAUAGACACACAUCUUACAAAAUAGUGACCCAUUUAAAAGGGCAGAAAAUCAUUAAAGCAGACCAUUUAAGGAAAUUAAACCUUUGACAUUGUUUAAUCGUUUUUUAUAUUUGAGAAAGAAUAACUGAGAAUUAUUAUCUUCCAAUUAGAAACCAUUGUUAACAGUAUAAAAGCAGCCAAAGGUAAUUUCUCAGUCCUUGGGCAAUGCAUUAAUGGUGUGUGUAGAUAUCUCUGUUCACUAAAUCUCAAUCUGUACUGCUAAAAUAAACCGACACUCUGCCUUUUCCCUCCCUGUGAUAUUGGAACAUGCUUAAAAGUCAACAUUAAUCUCCAUAGAAAGUGGUUUACUCUAAAUCACCACUGCUAAAUAGACUGUACUAAUGUGUUCAACUUACAACGACAUCCACUGUAUUUUUAGAAAAAUAAAAGCGGAUGGAAAACA